AUGAGUGAACUGGCACUGGUUCCUGUCCCUCCAUCAUCCUGCCAGGGGUCAGGCCACCGCACGGCUCUGCACCGAGCUGCCAUGGUGGGAAACAGUGAUGCCAUAGCUGCUCUCAUCAAGGGAGGCUGUGCUGUGGACCUGCAGGACAGAGACGGCAACACUGCGCUGCAUGAAGUGUCUUGGCACGGUUUCUCUCAGUGUGUCAAACUACUGAUCAGGGCCGGAGCUGAUGUUCACAUCAGGAACAAGGCAGGGAACACAGCACUUCACCUUGCCUGUCAGAACGCACAUGCUCAGACUGCUCGCCUUCUGCUACUUGGAGGAUCUACACCAGACACCAAGAACAACGUGGGUGACACCUGUUUACACGUGGCUGCUCGCUACAACAACCUGACCCUGGUGAAAAUCCUGCUGAGUUCACUGUGCUCUGUCAAAGAGAUAAACCAGGGAGGGGACACAGCUCUGCAUGUGGCUGCUGCUCUGAAUCAUAAGAAGACAGUUCAGCUCUUACUGGAGGCUGGAGAUGAUGGAAAAAUCAGAAACAAUGCAGGUAAAACAGCACUUGACAAGGCCAGAGACAACAACCAUAAAGAUGUGGCACUUCUCCUGGCUAGAGCUCCUCAGGUACAUCGUUUCAUGCGAGGAAGAACAAUCAGGAAACGAAGAGAAAGACUGACAGCUGAGCGCAGGACCCAGUCUGUUACUAGAGUAGAAAUACUACCAAACAAAGACAGCAGUUCUGUGGUGGAGGAAACACCCAGCAGUGAACAAAUGGAGAGCAAAACAACCACCAAGGUGGGCUCCCCCUACCAGCAGCAGCAUUACCACAAGACCCUAGCUACCAUUAACAGCCCCCAUAGACACCACAGGAAGAGGCGAGUCAAAGAGCAGCCUUUGAAGCCAGAGGAUCUGAGAAAAGGCAAAAAUGACUUGUACAUUAAGAAGAAUCUCUGUGGUGAUGAUGAUGAAUAUUAUACUCUCCAGAAUGGGCAUACCUAUCAGCUUUACACACUGUACAGAGACAAGGAUGGCAGCAUUAGACAGGCACCAGCCAGUGGGUGCAACUGUAAGCCUCUCAUCAAGAAUCUGGAGGGUCAAUUGAGAGCCACACAGGAGGAGAUGAGGCUGCACAUCCAGGGUGUCCAGGAGGAGGUCAACAGCAAGCUGGGCAAAGUGGACCGCCGAAACAGACACCAGAUGAAAGUGUUGGACAUGCUGAAUCAGGAAAGAGCCAUAGCUGAGAGGAAGAACAUGAUUCACAGGAUCAAGCAGGAGGUUGCCCGGGGCAGAGAGGACACCAUGCUGACACAGGCAGUAGUGAGUCAUGAGAUGAAGAAAUGGUGCUUGUCACAGCUGAAGGACAUGGAUGUCCACAUCCCAGCCAAAGCCCAAUACUACAAACUGCUGUCCUCACCCUCUGUGGAGAAGUCUGUGGCUGAUGCUGACCUGGAAUCUCUCCCCCUGCUGUCUGUGGUAUCUGGAGAAAGCAGCACUUCGCUGGCUACCUAUGUAAACAUCCUACCAUCCAAAUCUACCCACAGUCUGAGAGGAACAGAGCAGGAGCAAAUGGGGAGCAGGACAUACUUUGAAAUGAAGAUGGACAGGUCACCAGAUGACUAUGAGAACACAGCCCUGUUCCCUAAACCAGCAAGACGGACCUCAGGGUUCCUGCUUGGCUCUGCUGACACCUACUGGCAUCCUCCAGGAGUGCAAGACAGUCCCACAAGAGCAGUGGUGCCACUGUGCGCAGAGGACUUCUCAAGCAACAGCAGCCAGUCCAGCAUUAGUGACCAGGGACCCUCAAGGAUCCAACAUCAGGGACUAGGCUGUGAUAGACAAAACAGGAAACACUUUGGAGAGCUGGUCAGAGCAGGGAUACACACUGACUGCACCAAAACACUGGAGUUCUUCAUCGACCGUCCUGCUGAGCCCACAUUCAGCCAGGAGAGGAACAAUCUGCAUGCUAUGGAGGUGACUCAACGUUUCUUUGAGAAUGUGUCGGUUCAGUUGGAGCGCUGGUAUGACAGGAAGGUCUUGGAAGUGGAGCAGCAGACAGAGCUCAGAGUGCUUCAGGACAGGAGGGAGCUGCUGCAGCGAAUCAGCUUACUGGAGGAGGAGCUUCAGAGGCUGAAGACCAAUGAGAAUGUUGAAAGCUGA